AUGUCGUCGAUAUCGACGCUGCAGUGGUCGUGGGAGCGGAAUGUGAGAAAAAAUACAGGUGAAAAUGUUUGGUGGUAUCACUCUACAUCUUUCUGCCAUAAACUUGCUCAAACGAAUAAACUCGAGUUGCUCAAGUGGGCGCGAGAGGAGAAAAAUUGUAAUAUUUGGGAUGCUAAAACAACUGUUGCGGCCAUAAAACAGGGCAACGUUGAAAUGCUCAAGUACUGCCUCGAGAAUGAUUGUCCAACGUCUUCCAUAGUGUGUGAACGUGCUGCUGAAGACGGCCAACUCGAGUGCCUCAAAUACUUACACGAAGUCGCCGGAGUGGAGUGGGAAGGGCAAAAAAAAGGUGGCUCACUUGCAGCAGCUGCGGCUAAAAAUGGACAUUUGCACAUACUCAAAUAUCUUGUGGAGAAAGAUUACGAUAUUCCUAGGCCAAGAGCGUGCGAUGAGGCUGCCGAAAAUGGUCAUCUCGAGUGCCUCAAAUACUUACGCGAGGUCGCCAAAGCGCCUUGGGAUAAGAAAACUGUCUUAGGUGCAGCAGAGAACGCUCAUCUUCACAUCCUUAAAUAUCUCGUGGAAGGAAGAUAUCCAUAUUUUCAAGCCAGCGCGUGCGCACUGACUGCCAGAAGUGGUCAUCUCGAGUGCCUCAAAUACUUACACGAAGUCGCAAAAUUGCCUUGGGAUCACGAAACUGGUGAAAGUGCAGCAAGUGGCGGUCAUCUUCACAUCCUUAAAUAUCUCGCCGAGCGCAAGUAUUCAUGUUGGUUGAGUUGGGGUCAUGACAGGGCGUGUACUCUCGCUGCCCGCGCAGGUAAUCUCGAGUGCCUCAAAUUCUUACGCGAAGUUAUGAAAAUGCCUUGGGGUAAACAAGCUGGUGUGAGCGCAGUAAUAGGCGAAAACCAUAACAUACUCGAAUAUCUCUACAAGAGUAAAUAUCCGCAUUUUACGGCGGAGAUGUGUACACAAGCUGCCAAACAGGACGAUGUCCCAGCUCUAAAAUACUUGCGCGAUGUGUGUAAAGCGCCUUGGGAUGAGGAAACUGGUAAUUUGGCAGCAUGUAGCAGGGACUGGGAAUACGAGAAGAAAUAUGACGCAUUCAACUAUCUCGUGCAGUCCAAGUUUCCAUAUUUUACGGCCAACGCGUGCCUCAACGCGUGCAAAGUUGAUAACCUCGAGUGUCUCAAAUACUUGCUCGAAACCCUCAAAGUGCCCAUUCACCGCGACUGCGUUAGAGAAGCGCGAUACGCUGGGUAUCCGAGCGACUGUUACCACUAUCUCAAAAGUAAAGGCUAUAGAGAGCCUGAGGUGUGA